UUUUUUAAACAGAAAUAUUCUUUUUCCUGCUUUCGCUGCGGUAUUGAUUUCUGAAAAAGCGCAUAUCUUUUCAACCACUUUUAUAAAACCAUAAAAAUACGAGUGUGGAAAACCAGCCGAAAUACGUUUCCUAGCUACGCCACCAUGUUAUGCUCGACCAAUGUUUAGUUUCCUAUAGUGCUUUUAGCUGAAGAAUAAGUCUUGUUUUUUUCCAGUUGCAGUUUUAGAUAAAACGUGUCCCAAUUUACUUGGAGACAUAUAUUUAAAAUUAGACAUUUAGUUCUUCUUGUCCGGUAAUCUCAUGUCACAGAUAACAAAUAAAUUUGAAUGAAUAAAACGCAAUAAUUCAAGAAAGAGAUCAGAAACACAUCGAAAAUCUAUCAGACAAAAAAGCAAAAGUUAUGGCAGACAUAAUCCAGAUCGGACUGAGUUCGGUGAUCAUAGCGUGUCAGAUCGUGGUGUUGGUGCUGGCUGCCCUGGCACUUGGAGGGGGAACCUGGAUAGAACAAGUGAGGUUCGAGGGGGACUACUUCACCCGCAUCCAGAGUGGCUACGGGGAGGGGCUGCAGUUGCACACUGGCGGCGACAUGCACAGUAUUGGCAUGUGGAGAUAUUUUUCGGAGCCGGGAAGGUCCAACCCCCUGCCCACCAGAGACGCUGAGCUUACUACGGGCACAGCGUGUUACGUGACUGCCAUUGCGCUGGGCUGUUUUCUGGUUGUGCUGCUGUCCUACCAGCUGCUGGGCAUCCAGGCCAAGUCGGUGGCCCUUACCCUCACCACAUUCUGGGUCACUUUCUUCGAAUUCGUGAUGUUGCUGGUGGCCUCGACAGUGGUACUGCACUACUUCAAGCAGACAUUCCGUUACGAGCGCCUGGGACACUCGCACCACGUGACUUGGGUCUCCUUCAGCUUCAGUGGACUGUCCCUCUUUCUCUCCCUGAUCCGACUCAUUGUCAGUAUCAACAACCGCAACGACCAUGAGCUCCGAUCGGACCGAUCCGACUACCGCGACCACAGAUCGAUCGGAUACCAACGAACUGGAUCGGUAGUGAAUCUCGGAGGCAAUAAUGGGGGAACUAUGAACCAGAUGCGUCCAAUAUCUCCAAAAAGUGUGAACAGUCUGGGCCAUGCUCCCCCGUAUAACAGAGACAGCUAUGGACCCAAUAAUGAUUACAGAGGGGGUAAUGGGUACAACGGGUACGACUAUGACAUGCGACCUCAACCUCCGAAAAAUUACGUUCCGAGUUAAAUAAUUUAUAAGUUAACUCUUCUCGCUGUUUAAUGUCUUGAGACUCAUUCCAUUUCAAUUUAGAUUAUGCAAUUUCUCUGGCUACCAAGAAUGUGGAUGUUAUUUUUGUAUGAUUUCCCUUGAUGCUUCACGAUUUUGUAAUAUUUUCUGCUUUGGUUCGUUUUGUAAAUCUGAAUGAUAUGCCCUGAGGUUUUAGAACUCAAUCAACCCAACUUAACGUAUUGUUCAUACUUCUAGUUUAAAAAAAAUAUAAAAAUAUGCGCAAAGUAAACAUUUCCAAAAAAAAUUGGAGUUAAAACAUAUCUGUACAUAUCACGAGCCAUCUAUUAUUUAAUUUUAAGUCCAUGCAUGAAAUAA